AUGCAGGAGUAUGAGAACCCAAUUGAAAGCAAAGGACCAGGGAAAAGAAAGGGACCCACAAUUAACAUCUCUGGAGUCCAGGUGAAUGUCAAAGCCAUCAUUCAGCAUGAGCAGGAGUUUGCAGUGCUCCAUCAGGUCAUGCCAUCUGACCCAGUGGAGAGGGCAAGGUUCCAUCUGAACUGCCGUGUCAAAUCUGCCCAUUUCGAUACAGACUGGGGAGUGGAAGAGGACUCUUGCUUGCUGCGGGGAAUUUACGAGCACGGAUGUGGGAACUGGGAGCUCAUCAAAUCAGACCCAGAAUUGAACCUGACUGACAAGAUUUUACCAGUUGAGACCGAUAAAAAGCCACAGGGGAAGCAGCUCCAGACACGAGUAGAUUAUCUGCUGAAACUUAUCAAAAGAGACCUGAAAAGGAAGGAAAGUGCGAAAAAGACAGAGGAGGUCAGUUCUGCCAAAAAGCAAGCUCAGUUUGCCCCUUUGGUUUAUUCUAUGCAUUGUUUGGGAAGCUAG